GAGAGGCUGGGUGUUGCAGUUCAUCUACGGAUGAAACAUUGUGACCGUUCGUGCACAGUUAAGGAAUAAAUAUGCUGCUCGGGUUAUAACAGUACUAUAUAAAAAGAACAUUAAGAAAUGAAGUCGGUGACGUGAUUUCCUUCUUCGCAGGAAGCACAGUCACUUCUGUCUUGUAUUGUUAACUUUUGACUGUGAGGAGUGAGACAGCUCCGCUUCUUUUCCCCCCAGUCAGUUGUUGUAAGGUUUAGACUUAUAAGAGAUUAUUUCAUAUCCUAGCUUGUUUGUGUAGGUUAUCAUCAGAGGUCUGGAUUUGCCGACGAACGCCAUGGACAAGAAAAAAAGAAAAGAAAAGGAACCAUGUAUUUUAGCAACCCAGGUUAUGACAUUGCUCCUAACUUUGUUUGUUGGAUAUUCUUGUAAAGCAGAAGAAGCGUCAUGCCAUGGAGCCUUUGAUCUGUAUUUUGUUUUAGAUCGGUCUGGCAGUGUUGCAAACAACUGGCAUGAAAUUUAUGGAUUUGUUGAACAGCUCACAAAUCGAUUUGUCAGCCCAAGAAUGAGAGUUUCCUUCAUAGUAUUCUCAUCAAAAGCUGAAACCAUGAUGGCUCUGACAGGAAACAGAAAUGAAAUUGAAGAAGGCCUUCAGAGAUUAAGUAAAGUGACGCCAGCAGGUGAAACAUAUAUGCAUGAAGGUAUAAAACAGGCAACAGCCCAGAUAGAAAAAUUCAGGGGUACAUCCAGUAUUAUUAUUGCCUUGACGGAUGGAGAACUGGAAGGCUAUCUUUAUCCACUGGCAAAGGAAGAAGCAGAUAAGGCAAGAAACCAUGGUGCAAGAGUUUACUGUGUCGGUGUUAAGGAUUUUGUUGAAGAGCAGCUUGUGGAGAUUGCUGAUACCAAAGAUCAAGUAUUCCCUGUCACAGGAGGUUUUCAAGCACUUAAAAGUAUAAUAAAUUCGAUUUUGAAGCAGUCCUGCACAGAAAUUUUAACGGUUGAGCCUUCAAGCAUAUGUGUUAAUGAAUCAUUUGAGGUUGUGCUGAGAGGAAAUGGUUUUAUGCUUGGCAGAAAUACGGAUGGAGUUGUUUGCAGCUUUGUUAUCAAUGAAAAAAAGUAUGAUGAGAAGCCAAGUGUAGUACUGGAUAAUUAUCUUCUCUGUCCUGCACCCAUACUACACGAAGCUGGACAAUCCUUAGAUGUCCUAGUAAGUUUGAACAAUGGCCAAUCCUUCAUCUCAAGUGCUGUUACUAUCUAUGCCACAUCUUGUUCUAAUGGUACUGCUGUGGCCAUUGUCUUUCUGGUACUUUUCAUUCUUCUGGCACUGCUUCUGAUGUGGUGGUUUUGGCCUCUGUGUUGUAAAUUGGUAAUUAAAGACCCACCACCACCUCCACCAGCACCUCCUAAACCAGAACCAGAAGAGGAUCCUAUGCCUAAGAAGAAGUGGCCUACUGUGGAUGCUUCGUAUUAUGGAGGAAGAGGGGCUGGUGGCAUAAAAAGAAUGGAGGUGCGCUGGGGUGAAAAAGGAUCUACUGAAGAGGGAGCAAGAUUAGAGAAAGCAAAAAAUGCUAAAAUUCAUGUACUAGAGGAAGUUGAAGAGCCAAUGAUGAAAAAACCUUCUAGACCACCUCCUGUGUACCAUCCCCCUGAAUCAAAGUGGUAUACCCCAAUUAAGGGUCGCCUGGAUGCUCUCUGGGCUUUGCUACGACAACAGUAUGACAGAGUUUCCCUCAUGAGACCACAGCCAGAAGAUGAGGGCAGAUGUAUAAAUUUCAGUCGUGUUCAAACACAGUAGAUGACAAGGACCUGGACCUUUUAAAUACAAGAUACUACCUACUGAAGACAACAGAAGAUUGUAGUUUUCAUAGGACUUCUCAUUUACCCUUAAAACCACUUUUGCUUCCCUCAAUUUUGUGCACUUCAAAAGGCAUUAGGAUCCCUUUACCUCAGAAUACAAGGUCUUUAAUAAUAGCGAUGCAUUGUUAAGCACCUUAUGAAAUCUUUAUAUUUUAUUGACCUAGUUCAUUUUAUUAUCUUAUUUUUUAAAUUUUAAUAAAAAAAAUAUUUACAGUAUGUUCCAUUUUUUGCCACUCAGUUGUGGUUAGCAUUUUGUGCACACCAAAGUCUUAACAUAUUCUGACCAUAUUGUGCCUUCUGUGAAAAACCUAAUUUCAUGGACACAGACGGCAGCUAUUUAAAAAAAAACAGAGAGAAUGAAGCUGGUUGCCGUUGGCGUGGAAAUAAAAAUAAUCCCAAUGGGCCUAACAAGUGCAAAAGUCCAUUGCCUUUUGGCGAUGUCUCAUCACAAAAUCUUUCUAACUCCACUAUCGUUGAAUGCCUAGCGGGAGCUUUCUGACUGCAGAUCUUGUCAUUUUAACACUGAAAAGUGCACACGCAUGACAAAAUGUAGACAGGACGCCCCAAGGUAUUAAAAGCAGCAAGACUUUGCCCUUUAGUUUUUGAAGACACCUUUCUUUCAUUAUACACUCGGGACAGAAAAAUUAAUAGAGCGUUAUUCUACAGCAAGACAGCGUGUAUCCAAAGAUCUUGGCAAGGUUUAAGGGAUUGAUGCUUCAAGUCCUUGACGUGGUUGCUGGUGUUUUUUUCAAUUUUUUUUAUUCAUUUUCACUUCAGUAACACAUAAGGCAUCAUGAUCUGUAAACACAUCUAUCAGUUUUUAGACUUUUUUAGUACUAAUUCAGCAGUGUCAGUGCUGGCACCUCUAGUACUUCAAAUCUCCAAGGGCUCCUCUGCGUCACAAUCCAGCAACUCUCUUUGCAUGAGAAUCUCAAAGUUUAAUUAAUAUAAUUAAAGGCAACAGCAAGCAGCAGCCUGUGAAGAUUUUGCUCAUCUUUUUUAUGCCUUUUGACAUUGAAUGACCUAUUACUGUAUUUGCAUUAUCCAGAUUUUGAGUAGCACCAUGUCUUGGUAGCAUUGAGACAAGCUUAGAAUAAAAAAGCGGAGAAGAAAGUGCACACUAUUAUUCAUUUUCCUCAAAUUCUAUUCAUGGCCGCACGGAACCUUACAAAAACAAUGUCCGAUACAUAUUUGUUGUAACAUUUUCAACUGCCCUGUCACGUUGACAGUCCCAAAUGAUGUUAGUGUGAGCGGAAACACUGUGGGGGAGGAAGAAGGCAGCAGCUGAAGAAAAAGGCUCGAACGAUCUAGUCACUUUCGAUACGGUACUUCAGAUGCAAAAUGGAUAUUCGAGUCGAAACCUGACAAAGCGCGCCUGCUUUGAUGUGAACUGGUAUAGACAAUGACCAGUGGCUGGGUCAGUGGGAUGUCUCUCUGCAAGCAGGGAAGCUUAUCAAAUGACACUAAAAAUAAGUUCAACAACCAUCAUGUUUGAGGGGAAUAGGCGAACAUUUCACAUUUGGUGGGCAUGCAAGUGCGCGAGAUGGGAAGAGCGUUGCAAAACGUCCUGGUCUAAUUAUUCUUUUGUGCUCUUCAUCGAAAAUUGCAGGGGACAUAAAUAAUUCUCUUGGUCAACUUUUAAAUCUGUGAGGCUGCUGGAAAAUAUUUUAUUUUAUUUUUUACAUAUAGCUUUCCACUUGUGUAAUCUUGCGCUUAACUUUCAUUUAUGACAAUCACAUAAAACCUGCUUGCUUAGAUGGAUAAAGAAAUUGUGUAUAGUUAUUUCUUUUUCUCUUAUGCUUUUUAACUUGAAAGCAUAAGGCUGUUAAUAACCUCUAUUAAUGAGCUAUUUACAUACGAUUCACAACACAGCUCUCCAUCCCAAUGACAUUUCACCUAAAAUAUUAGGCUAAUUGGCUAUGCUGUUUCUACAUAAGCCACCAAAAUCGAAACAGCUUCUCAUUCUAUAAUGUUAUAGAAAUGGAAAAGCCCUAUUUUUCCAGAUUUUUAGCCUAGAUUUUUUAAAAUUUAAGUGAGUUUAAUAUUUAUUAAACAUGUAGGUGUACAUAGUGCGUGCUUCAAUGUACCUUUGAAACCCAUGAUGAGACAGAACCUGCAGUUACGGUAUAUAGUCAUUUUACUUUCCUUGGUUAAGUUCACACAAAAAAAUAAAAUAGAAGGUUUUUUGUCUUUGUAAUACAUUGUCUCAUUAUUAAAUUAUUUCUUUAUUUUUUGUUUUCUACUUGUUUACACAAAACCAUGUUUUGUGUAUACAAUACUUUUGAUGUUGGCUGUCUUGUUCUUUGCUGAUGCACUACAUGAAAGACAAAAAGGUAUUUGUAGGAUGUACUUACAGUAUGUGAUAGUUUGUCAAAGGUACAUAUAAUAUAAUGGAUAAUAAUGGGUAAAGUAAUGUAUCAUUGUGAGAGAUCCCUUUUGUAAUACACAAUAUUGGAACUGCAAUAAGUUUUAAGAUUGUUUGCAAGCUUAUGUAAAUAUAACUUUAAAUGAUCGGCUUAUCUUUAAAGCAUUGACAUUUUAAAACUUAUUGUUUUUUAUAGUGCAGUUCUUGUUUGUCAGUCUGACUUGUCUCAUUUUCCCUAUUCUUUCUAAUUUUCAAUGACAUUUUAGUUUUAAACAAGUUGAAGCUUGCAAUGUAUGAAAUUGUGGUGCUGCAACUCAAAUAUAUUUGAAAAACAAAAAUCAAAAUGGGAUUUAUUCCUCCUGUUUAAAAUUACUUAUUUAUUUGGAUGAAGGUUAAAUGUAACCUUCAUGUUAGUGGAAGCCCCUGCUCAUUAUAGCCAUGCACACUUUUGUUAAAAGAAGAUACAUUAUCCUCUUUACUUAAUUUAUUUGAUGUGUUUGUUAUCUGCAAACCUAUUUAUGAGGAACAGACGCACUAUCCUCUGCAGUUGUCCCCUUUUUGAAAAAGCAUGCUAAAGGCAGUCUUUAAUUGGCCUGAAAAAGAUUUAUAAGGCUAGACAGGAGGAUGUAAUUAUAUGUUUCAAAACGAAAGAUGCAUAUAUUGCACUAUUGAGACUGGUCAGGCAUCCCUGUAAUGCAUGGCACCGGAGGGCACAGUAUGCACAAAAACCUUGUAAGGAUUCAGUAGCUUUGAAUUUAGGUCUCCCAUUUAGUAAAAUAUGCAUUGUACACCUACUGUUUUUCUAUUAUGUCCAUGCUGAGAUAAGGUGUUUCUCAUCACCUUCAAGUUUAUAUUUAACCAAAAAAUGCAUUAACCCUUUCUCCUCGUAGAUUCAGGAAAUAGAUGUAUUUCUUAAGAGCAAAAUAUGUUUCUUAAGACCACAGAGGCAUAGGUAUCUUUUGAAGUUAAAUAUGCAAUCAUUUUGAUGCAUUUUACCAUAUAACCCUGAGAGUUUUAUUAAAUGUGGAGUGAGGAGAGUCUGAUAUCAACUGACAACCAUUUCAGUUUGUUCACAGAAAGUGCAUUGAGAAAAUAAAUCUGUGCACAAAAUAGUAUUGAUAGAUUAAGUACUCUAAAUUUGGUUUAUUUGUAUAUUUUAAAAUAAAUGUAUUUUAUUACCUUAUUAUUCUUCUAUGAGAUCUUUGAUAUGCCAGAUAUCUUUUUCAUCAGCAACACCAUUAAUAUUGUUCAAGCCUUUUCCUAGAAAAUUUUAAAAAUAAAGUGCAACUGUUCUGAAUCUA